AUGGCUGAGACACCUCAAUCAUCACCGCCACCAUCACAGCCAUCAUCAAAUCCUGGUUCGUAUGAUGAGUUACACCGAAAGGCCAGGGAUAUUUUUCCCACUUGCUUCGAGGGAGCCAAAGUGAUCGUUCAGAAAGGGUUGUCCUCGCAUUUUCAAGUUUCCCAUACGCUUUCGCUCUCUCCGAUGAAUACUGGUUACAAGUUCGGAGCCACUUAUGUAGGACACAAGCAGCUCGGGCCACAAGAAGCUUUUCCAAUUUUUCUUGGGGAUACUGAUGUGGCAGGUAAUACAACGGGAACUUUUCUUCACACAUUUGGCGAGAAAUGGCGCGUUCGGCUUCAAGGACAAGUUCAACAAGCAAAACUGGCAGGAGCUCAAGGAACAAUAGAGCGAAGAGGAACAUUCUCAACUUUUGGCUUAACGCUUGCUAAUACGGACCUCGUGAAUGAAUCCGGCAUUGUUGUAGCUCAACUUUUGCGCCGAUUUACGAAACGAGUCGACUUAGGAGCUGAAUUGGUCUAUCAAUAUGGGCGGCAAGUGCCAGGUGGUCAAAUUACGGUGCCAUCGUACUCUGCUCGUUAUUCGGCAGACUUCUGGACUGCUGCUGCGACAUUUGGAAUGUCGGGGCUUCACCUCUCUUAUCAUCAUAGGCAAACUGAGAACAUUCAGUUCGGCGUUGAAUUUGAGAGCAACCUCAACGUCCAAGAGGCAAUGACCACUUUUGGCUAUCAAGUUGAAAUGCCGGAAGAGGGUGUUACGAUGCGUGCUUCGGUGGAUACAAACUGGACCGUCUGUGGUGUUUUUGAAAAAAGGCUCUCACAGCAAUUGCCUUUCACACUGGCCAUAUCUGGAAUGCUCAAUCACGCAAAGUCUGCCGGAAAGUUCGGGAUUGGCUUGAUCAUCGGA